AUUACCACGGGGGAAGUAAAAUACAACCACGUCUCCAAUCUGACACUGAAAACAGCCCGUGGAAAGAUCAGAAGAGAACAAAAGAAAAAGCCAAUGCAAGAUGGGAAACAACUGAAUGAGGUGCAGAUCAAACAGAAGUGUUUACUUGUUGGUCUGAAACUUUUCGGGUUUUUUUUUUUUUUUAGAAAAGUUUUUACGUAAUGUUCAUGCUUACUUUAUAGUUACAUUUGGUUAAAUUAUUUUGCACUUCGGAAAUCCCAACAGUCCUUAAGGAUUUGUUUCAGUAUUGGAUUGUUUUGACUGAGGAUAAUCUAUUGGGAAAAAAAGAGGAGAAAAGUUUAAGGACGGAACUCUUGAGCACUUUUCCAGCGUUUUGGGCUCGGUAAUUUCAAGCAUUAGGAAUGUUACCGAGACUUCAGAGGUUGCCUCGGCUACUGACGCUCGCCCUCGCGAGCGUAUUUCUGGUACAGAGUGGGACAAGUGACAGUGAAGUCAGACCAGAGGCAUGGCUCCAGCAGUAUGGGUAUCUCCCACCUGGUGAUGUUCGGGCUCAGGCGAUCCGCUCUCCUAAAUCCAUCAGUGCCGCAAUAUCUGCCAUGCAGAGGUUUUAUGGCCUCACUGUGACCGGAUCUAUGGACCCGGCUACACUCACGGCUAUGCAACGACCAAGAUGUGGUGUUCCAGAUAAGUUUGGCUCAGAACUGAAGAGCAACCUAAGAAAGAAGCGCUAUGUCAUCCAAGGCCUAAAAUGGGACAAAAGAGAGGUCACCUUCAGUAUUCAGAAUUACACACCUAAAGUUGGUGAAAAGGCCACACAUGAGGCCAUCAGGAAGGCGUUUAAGGUCUGGGAGGCUGUGACGCCCCUCAAGUUUCGUGAAAUUCCAUACAGUCAAAUCAAAGGCAAGGUGGAUAAGUUUGCAGACAUAAUGCUCUUCUUCGCCGAAGGCUUUCAUGGAGACAGCACCCCGUUUGACGGAGAGGGCGGCUUCCUUGCCCACGCUUACUUCCCCGGCAAUGGCAUCGGAGGUGAUACCCAUUUUGACUCGGCAGAGCCGUGGACAACAGGCAGCACUGACCAGGGAGGUAAUGAUGUGUUCCUGGUGGCAGUGCAUGAAUUGGGUCAUGCUCUUGGUUUGGAACAUUCAGGAGAUCCCUCUGCGAUCAUGGCUCCGUUUUACCAGUGGAUGGACACUGAGAACUUCAUACUGCCUGAUGAUGACAGACGAGGGAUCCAGCAAAUAUAUGGUGCUGGCUCGGGUGAAGUCCCUCAUCCCCCAGCACCCCGCACCCCUACUCGCAGACCAGACCGCCCUUCAUUUGGCCCUGACGUAUGUGAGGGACACUUCGACACUGUGGCUUUCCUGAGGGGAGAGAUGUUCGUCUUUAAGGAGAAGUGGUUCUGGAGAGUUCGUGAUGGUAAACCUCAGCAAGGGUAUCCCAUGCCCAUCGGACACUUCUGGAAGGGACUGCCUCCUUCUAUCAAUGCUGCCUACGAACGUUCCGAUGGAAAAUUUGUGUUCUUCAAGGGGGAUAAGUACUGGGUCUUUAGCGAGGCCAAAAUGGAUGAAGGUUAUCCAAAAACCUUCAAGGAGCUUGGCACAGGCCUCCCCAGAGACAAACUGGAUGCAGCUGUUUUCUACACACCCACUGGCAACACUUACUUCUUCAGAGGAACCAAGUAUUACCGUUUCAAUGAGAAAACCAGAUCAGUGGAUCCCGAUUAUCCCAAACCUAUCAAUGUGUGGAAAGGAGUACCAGACAACAUUAAAGGCGCCAUCAUGAGUGAGGAUGGAGCCCACACCUACUUCUACAAAGCCAAUAAAUACUGGAAGUUUAACAAUCAACAGCUAAAGGUGGAGCCAGGCUACCCCAAAUCCGUCCUUACCGAUUGGAUGGGCUGUGAAGAGGAGGAGCCCAAGAAACGAAUUGGGACUGACGAUGAAGUGAUCAUUAUUGAGGUGGAUGAGUCGGAGGGCGGAGCCAUGGGAAGAGCCGCAGCUAUUGUGGUUUCUCUUAUUCUUCUGGCCUGCGUGCUUCUCACUUUGGGAGCACUGUUUUUCUUCCAUCAUUACGGCACACCUCGACGCCUCCUCUACUGCCACCGCUCUCUGCUCGAUAAAGUUUAAAGACAAACAAAGCCACAGAAGGAAAAGAAAGAGGUGUGGAAUAGAUGGGAUACAAGUAGAUGACUUUGGGAGGGGUGUUGAAUGGGAGAAAUUGCGUUAGGGUGAAAAUGAACGUUUUACAGGUCUACACGGGGUACAGAUAUGAAGGAUGUGUAAUGUACGAUUUUCUAUUUACAUGUACUUUCCUGCCAUUAAUAUAAAAACAACAUGGAGAGGGAGAUUAAAGAGACAGAUAUGUUCCCCUACACAAUUACAGUUUUCAUUCAAAUGCACUUUUAUGUCUUUUUUAACAUCUUCUCUGAAAAUCUCCCUCUCCAGAACCAAACUUGACUCCAGCUGGGCGGCUGUUUGAUUGACAUCUAUAAACUAAUUGAUUUAUUAAACUUUUCGCUUUGGUGCAAUGAAAACCUCCUGUUCCCCCUAAAGCACUGUUGUCAUUAGUAGAAGGACAACAUUGACCUCCCACCCUUUAUUCACCAAAGACAUGGAUAGAUUUUGACUUUUCACCCACUUUAGUAAGUAUGGCUCAACUGUAGAGACCUGCUGUACGUGAAAGGUAAAAGUUAAAGUUCAGGGAGAGAGACGUCGGCUUAGCUCCUGAAGUAGGCCAGUUUUAAAUGACACCAUACUUGUCACACUUUGGUGUGUGUUACACUUUACUUUGAUUAAUAAUAUUCCAUUCAUGAUUUGCAUUGUUAUUAUAACUAUGGUUAUUGUUAUUAUUGUUCGCAAUGUGUUUUUUCAUGUAGUCUUGUCAUUUCAGGUCCUGCUGGACACAGGCAGAAUGUGACUUAUAUCAAAUGAGUUUCCAAUUCUUAUGUCAGGUUUUAAAAAUCAGGUUUCUGUAAUAGAAGGGCUGGAGGUGAAAUUGUCUUCGGCAUAGUGAGAAGAAAGAGUUAUUUAUAAACAGUAAUGGUGCUAUGGGUUUUGUGUAAUAAAACUUCAUACAUCAGGAUUAGAGGUUUCCGAAUCAUUUUAACAAUGAUAAUAGUAAUGAUAUUUAUAAUACUAAAUGUAAAGGAAUGAGAUUUUGCUUGUUUCAUACUUUUUGUACCUGGAAAUGAAAUUGAAAUAAACUCUGUUUUUUAACAUGA